CGCUUCACGCUGUAAAUCUCCGGAGUGCUGUAGGAUGUGCUAUGGAGCAGCCUAAUGCUACAUAGACCGAUCCCUGUCUUACUUAAGCUCCCCACUCCCUGCCCAGGGGAUAUUUUUUUUCCUUUUUUUCUCCUGUUUUAUCCAGCAGCACACACACUAUUUUCCCAUUCGUGCCCACAGCACUGUAGUGUCUUAUCCAGGGCUGAGUUGCUCUUAAAUAUCUUCUGUGCUCUACAGGUCCCAUCUUCAAGCUCCUUCCAACCUAAUGGAGCCAGCGAAGCAGCCCUGAGGUGUGAAAUUGAAGAGCUGAAAAGGAAAGACCUUGCUCUAGACCAGGAAAUUGCACAGUUAUUGUCCGAAGGCUACAGCCUGGGGGAACUGGAGAAGCACAUCUCUCUGCUCCAUGAGUACAAUGAAAUCAAAGAUGCUGGGCAGAUGCUGCUGGGCAAGCUGGCUGUUAUCCGAGGGGUCACUACAAAAGAGCUUUACCCUGAAUAUGACUUGGAGCUCAGUGACUAGUCCUGAACCUGGAGGCUGCCACAUCCUGCAGAAGUGACUGUCACUGGGCACACGUGUUGGUGUCAUUCUGGUUUGGAACAGGCAGAAGGUGCCCUCUGAAGGAUUUUUAAUUUAAAUGUAGCAUUGCCACAGGUGUAGUUUAACAGGCUUGUUCCUAAGAAUCUUUGGAACGUGAAAGUUGUUGAAUCUAUCAACUGUUUUCUGCUGUUGAGAAAGGGAUAUAGGACUUGGGUUAAUUUCAUCUACUACCUGAUCAACGAGAUUUUUAUUUUUUUAAUUGGUAAGGCUGUAACUCAGGUUGAUGUUGAGACCCUUCCUAUGAAGCUUUUGUUUCCCUGCUACAUCCUGGGGCUGUUUGGUUACUGAAUGGAUAGAGGAAGUGAGGACAUACAAAUGUCCAAUGUAAUAGCUGCUUUGAAAGGAAAACCCUCAGAAGCAUGGAGGGAGGGCUGAAGUUGUGGUGGUUUGGGGGUUUUGUUGUAUGGUCAAAUCCGGAGAACUCUGGGUGUUCUGCAUUUUUGUACUUACCUGCUCUGGUAUCUGGAGGUUUUGUAUAAUUUCUGUAGUAAAAUGGCAAAAUGUGAAGUUGUGUUAAUUGUCCAAUCUGAAUAAAGCAGCCUUCACA